AUGGCAACUCCCCCCACCCCUGUGGUGUCGACCAAUGGGGGCGCUUGGCGGGCACCUCCCCUCCCGGCCGGUACACGCGGUGCUGCCGACGCUCAGUCGCUCGAGCCGGCACCCCCAGUACAGACGUAUAGCUCUCGUCGUCUUAUUUUUGUAGUGUUAAGUUUUUACGGACAUCAGCUCGGACAGUGCUUCAGUGAGAUGCCGGGGAGUAUGUUUUGCGAGAUGGACCGUGGUUCGGGAGGUUUCGAAGAGCAGCGGGCUCUACAGUUGGCGUUCGAACUUUCCAUGUUGAGUACUGGAGGAUUCAGUGAUUCUUCGUCGCCUCCUGCUACAUCGGUUGAACAAGACGCCCCUGUACUUCCUACACCCUUCAUCGUGCCCGAGGAGUCGCGCAACAAGAAGUCGCAGAACAUGACCGAGUGUGUGCCCGUGCCUAGCUCCGAGCACGUUGCCGAGAUCGUGGGAAGACAAGGAUGCAAGAUCAAGGCGCUGCGGGCCAAGACGAACACUUACAUCAAGACACCGGUGCGAGGAGAGGAGCCAGUCUUUGUGGUCACCGGGAGAAAGGAAGACGUCGCCAAAGCUAAGAGAGAGAUACUGUCAGCCGCCGAACACUUCAGCCAGAUCAGAGCCUCCAGGAAGAACAAUCUGUCAGGAUCAGGCUCCCUGUCUCCUCCAGGACCUCCAGCUAACGUUCCCGGUCACGUGACUAUCCAGGUCCGAGUACCCUACAGAGUUGUGGGACUCGUGGUCGGACCCAAGGGGGCGACGAUCAAGCGUAUCCAACACCAGACGCACACCUACAUAGUGACGCCCUCCAGAGACAAGGAGCCGGUGUUCGACGUGACAGGCCUGCCAGAGAGUGUGGAGGCGGCCAAGAGAGAGAUUGAGGCUCACAUCGCAGUCAGGACAGGAGCCGGUAGUAUGCCCGACUCUCUGUUCCAAGACACGCUGUUCAACCCCGACAGCAGCACCCUGCUCAACUCCGUGUACAAGUCCGGCUUCUCCAGUCUGUUCGGCUACGGUCUGGACAGUGACACCGUGGUGUUCCCCUCGACACUCAGCGGCAGCUCAGGUUGUAGCUCCGCGUCCUCAAGCUCCUCAGCAUCCGGUACCACCGGUCUGGCGGACCUCGGCUCCAUCUGGGGCACCAGCCUCGACAGGGACGAGGGUCUCGGAGACUCCCCAUCCUUUGACACGGCGACAGCUUCCUCCAGCAUCUGGUCGUUCAGCGCCAGGCCUUCGCCCCCGCACUCCGCCUCCCCUACUGACUCUCUGAUCGGCAAACACCGCGACUGCCACGUCUGCGGUAUCGGCGAGGUAACCGCCGCUCUGGUACCCUGCGGUCACAACCUCUUCUGCUACGACUGCGCCACCCGCCUCACGACGGGCCCGGACUCCACCUGCCCCGUGUGUCACCAGACGGUACUUCAGGCCAUUCGCAUCCUCAACUCCUCCUAAGCUACCCGCCCGCCGCCAAACAGAGUUUAUUGUAUAUUAUGUUAUUUUAUGUUAACGUUUUCAGUUGUUUUUAUUACGUUGAGUCGAGUGUACGAGUUGUUUUCCUAUUUUGAUCUCUGUUUUAGACCCUGUGUACCGGACGGUCGCCUGACCGGGUCCUGCGAGGCCCUUGGACACUCUCGGUGCUUCAGUCUGUAUGAGAGGCUGAUAUAAGUAAUACUGUAAUAUGUAGAGUAUCCGCUCUCUGUGCGAGGGUGGGUGGGGACCGGCACCAGGCUGUGAUUUCUAAACUGCCACUUCGGACCUCUGCGGUUCCAAGGUUUUAAUAAGAGCAAAUGCAAUCCUUUUUAUACGGACGUUUCAUUAAGCAUUCCUCGUGUUAUAGACUGCUGUUAGUCAGGACAUAUCCCUCUAUAGUUUCGUUUCGUUGUUGUGAUAUGGUAGCCAUAAGUUAAAGGACCUUUUGUAUAUUUAGAUGUGUUCUGCCUAGGCAGGUUUUAUACGAUAGAUUAGUCCCCGGGUGUAUCCUGGCUCGUUAUUGUAGUCGCGACUUUGUUUUCCGCUUCUCCAUGUAGCUGUUUGUUUCGUUAUCGUCUGCUUGCGGUUCGGCGGCUCCUGUCAAGUAUCGGGGCGUCUCACCCGGGUCUUAGCUCCAAGCGGUUCCCUCGUCAUUUGCACAAUUGUUGCACAACUCAAAUCUCACUGAUUCCCAGUCGAUCAUAUCGAUUGUCCCACAACGAAGACAUUGCCCCAGAUUGAUGUACAGUACGACACGUGUCCCCGGUGAUAGUCAAGUGUCUGUGUCUAGUGUUCAGUAUAUACAGGGUGAGACGUCCCACCGCCGGCCGCGUAGUUAGGUAGACUCCAAUGCCAGAAACUUCGCCCCGGUGCCCCACCCUCCGCCGCGUUUUUGCCUCUUUAUAUAAACAAAGAUCAUAUUUUUUCCAGUAUUUGUUUACUUUUUAUAUAAAGAAAAAUAAUUAAUUAUUGAUAAUAUUAUAAAUGUUCUAUAUCUAUGUAAUAUUAGUGUUAAGCCGCCCUUUCCAGGGUCUCGUCAUAGUUGAAUUUUGUUUUCACUUUAAAGACUAUUUCGAAUCAUUAAAGUUCGAUGAUCUGUAUAUUUUUGUUGUAUUUCUUAUUUUAGGAAAAGUUUUAUUAUAGUAGACUUAAGCGUUUUACAUAUUUACUUUCUUAUAUAUUUUGUUUUCUAGUUUUGAUAAACGAAAGUUUCUUAGAAUUUAUUUUUUUAUCUCGAUAGGCGAUAGGUUUAGUUGUGUUGUUGACCUUUUGUUCCGUUUGGCGCGCCCUCUGCGUGUAUAGCUCUAUCUUUGUUUACGCCACAAAUGCACAAUUCGAGUGGAGAGUAUUAGUAAUAAAACUCGAUAGUCUUUUUUUCUAUUUUAUUACGAUCCUAUUAUAUAUUAUACGAUACUAUAUGAUAUAAGUAGAUGUAAAUUAAAAAUAUAUAAAAUAUUUAGAGAAACGACGAAGCUAUUUUUUCUGUUAGAACGCUCAUGUUGGCCCUGAAAGAGUUGCCCGGAAUGUCUGUAGGUUUCCGACUCGAAUUCGGUCUUCCUGUUUCUUUUUAAGUUUCAAACUUUUAUCGGUACUGUAUGAUGAAAUUCGCUGUUUGGUUGUUCAUGUUAUUAUAUCUCGGCACUCAAAGUGUAGCGUAGAUGUGCAUGGCUUGUCGUUGCGGGAGGCCCCCCACAUCCCCCUGUCCUCUCUCUCUCUCUCUCUCCCACCCCUCAGAUCACAACCCCCCCCCCUACCCUUCACAACAGUGGGGUGGCCUCCGCGGUGGUUCAGUAGAGAUGUAAAGCAAUCUUUUCACAAUAACGUUGUGUUGACGUUGUGUUUUUGUCGCAAUACAGUAUCCAUUUGUCGGUGUCGCAUGUAAAGGAUCGGAUUGAGGAUAGAUGCUAGCUUUCGACUGAUAUAGUUAAUGACUCGAUUACAUUGUUAUAUAUACAUUUGUCUAAGAGAUAAAAAUAGGUUCGGGCCUAAUAUAUUAAUAUAUUUAUAAAAGUAACUAAAAAUAGAAAAAUCCUUUUGUUUGAAACUAUAACCCUCGCUCACUGGCGAGGCUGUUUUACAAUACUUAAAUACAUAAUUUAUUACAUUGUACAUUAAAUAUUAUUACUUAAGUAUUUAUAUUGUAACAGAUUAUAACAGUGCCCGACCCCCCGCCCAACCUCUCUCAGCAAUAAGGGCCGGGGUGACGGUCACCUCUGCUCACAAAUUAUAUAAUAUUAUUACAAAAUAUAUGAACUGUUCUUUCGCAUGUUUUAGUGUCUGUUUAUUUGUAUUCCGAGCCGUGCGUCUCGAGUCGUGGGCUUCGGUUUGUUCUUCCGGACAAACUAAGACAAUCAAAUCUCAGUGGGGCUCAACACGAAGGAAGUACUUGAAAGACUUGCCCACCACCGAGACGCUCGGCGCUUCUUUUUGCCUUAAAUUUUCAAAUUGUCUGUUCGGGUGUUGGUACUGCUGUUGUCAGGCGAGCGAUGAUCUUGCUGUUGUGAUUCGCUACAAAAUUAGCUUCAAAGAGAGGAAUUUAUUGUGCCGAACAAUUUGUCAUGUGAAAUGCUUUGUAGGCCACGUCUAUCAUGUUUUAAUCAACUACUUGAAUUAACAAUUGUAUAACUCCAGCAUGACAUUUGUUUGUAGAAAUUGCGUGAGAGCUUCACUAAAUUUAAAAAAUCGUCAGACAACAGUAAAGCAACCAGUGUGACUAGUUUCGAAUAAAACUUAAAACUUUUGCAUUAUUCUAGAAUAGAAGGGUAUUUAGAAGUGAAGUAGCUGUAGGCGUUGCAAUCUAGAGAAUUGUGACCUUAUAAAAUCGCUUGGAAGUCAUGAAUUUCUUUCCGCUUCAGCCUUGGUUGACGUGGAACCCCCAGCUUCAUCCGCGGCUGGAAACAGAGUUCUGGAUUGAAAACUUCGCCGAACGAUGCCGUCUUCCGGCAGCUAUUUUCCUAGUUAAAUUACUAAUUACAAAACUCCACAUAACACUCCGGUGUUUGCUUUGACCGCCUGUUAGGUUAUUACCCUCUUGUUCACUACCGGUGUUAAACAUCAUACCCCCGUGUGAUCUUUCUAUUCGUUAUCCAAAGACCAACAAAGGCGAUAAUUAUAAUAGUCCUCUCACAUUGUUUACGGUUUUUAUCUCGGAGCUCGUGGAAGAAAAACAAAAGGCACUGCUAGCCGUGGACCACCGUCUUGGUCUGACACUUCACAGAACAGGACAAAGUACUGAGCCAGAACUGGUGGUUCCAGCCGAACGCUGGCAGGUAUAACGCUUUGUAUAUAGAGCCCUUUUCAAAAAGUAGAAAGGACGCCCUUCCGAGAAGCUCUUUGUCCGGUCCGACCAUUCUAACGCCAGCAAUAAUCCGGAGCUUUGUACCGAGUGUUGAAAACAUUACGAACAGAUUUUGUAAGGUGCAAUACCUCAGCGGGCGCGGUUCAGCAGAAUUUACAUUAUCGUUUGUUGUCAUUUAGGAAAUGUGUAGUGUUUUUGUUAUUUAAUGUUGUCGAUUUUAAAUAUCUAUUUUAUAUGAAUUGAUGUGAUGGUUUUCAGCACAUAUCAUCGGUUUGUCGUCUUGUACCGGACGCGGUUGUUAACUUUGGGCAGUGAAAUAAGAAUUUUGGAUCGGCGGCGGUCGUGCCUCCUGUUCAAAUUUGUCCUAUCAGAAGUGCGCCGCGUGCUAGAGCGCCGUCAGAUGGGUUGUAGGCAAUACAUGCGCGUCAGUGUGUAGCGUACUGCCUGCCUUACACACACGGCGCACAAUAAUACCACAACGCUUGCGCACUUCUACACUUACUCUUGGUGCUUUACCAUACAUUUUGAGAUAUUACACGCUAAGGGAAGCACGGUCCGCCGCCGACAGCAUGGAUUCACGCACAAGGAAUGUCUGUUGAAUGUUUUAUCUAUGUUUCCAUUUCAUAUAGCCUUUAAAUCUGUGUUUUACUUUUAUACGUGUACUAGCCAACUGAUAAAACUACAAGCAAUUUAUCGAAGAACUGCGUAAAUUAAGUUAUUUUUGUUACAAAAGACAACCCUGAGCACGACUGAUACAUGUUCGUGAGUUUGGUUCGGAUGUAGUGCCAAAAUGCCUCACCUUCACUAAAUUGCUCAAACCACAAUAAAGGUAUUUUUUUGAACGGCGUUUCUGGGCGGUCGAAGGGGCUUUGAAGGUUGGUGUGUUCUUUGCUGUAGUUGGCCCCCGCUUUUUUCUCCUUUACUUUCUUGUCGCUCUUCAAGUACCAAAGAACCUCGGAAGGGUCAACUAUAGCAAACAGCUGAUGUUUUAACCUGUCACGUUUCUUUCUUAAAGCUGAAAAUAAUCAAAACACCAAUAUUUUGUAUGUUGUUGAUGAUUCCAGUUAUUCAAAUUUUCAGGUGUAUUGUAAAAUGUUCAUUGAUGUUCUGUGGGUUUGAAAUGGUUAAUUUCAAAUAGUUGUUAUAUGUCUUUGGUAAAUUUUGCAUCGCAUUUUAAAAAUUGGAUCUUAUCGAUAUUGUCAAAGCUUGUUGGAAUUUCAUUCACUUAUAAGCAUAACUCUCUAGAAACAAGCAUACGUAAUUAAUGUUGAUUUAAAUCACCCAUCAAACUGAUAAAUUUCAAACUUUUCCCACAGAACACGUUUGAUACAAAUUGUACAAUCAUUUUUAGUAAACAGUUACAAAAUGUCAAGGAAAUUAUUUUUGAAACAUCCCCUUAUUGCCCAAAUAAUAUAGUAUAUAUAUUUAUGUAUCGUACAUUUUCAAAUGAGCAAACAUAUCCCUCGGCUGCAAAAAUAUUCUAAAGGGCGUUCACUAUGAGUUACAUAAACAAAAAACUGUAAGAUAUAUUUAUAUUACGCCAUAAUUUAUUGUUUGUGUAGAUAUUAUUGUUAGAAAUUUAUUGUUUAGUUGACAAUUAGGUGUUAAGUUUUAUUUAUUUAUUUACCCGUUACGCCCGAGUAGGGAUAUGUUCGCAGCUAUUUUGGAUACAGACCCCCUUUAGGCGCCUUCCAUACCAUAUGCAAUAUUUCAAAAUAGGUAUUUUAGAGUAAAGGGUAUUUUAUACGUAAUGUAUUUUGGUACUUUCGUUCUCAAACAUGAGGUUUCGUUGGCCGUACCAAAACUGUUAAUAAUGUUUUCUAUAUCGCAAAUAAAUGACAUAAUAUGCAAAUGACAUUUAUAUUUGUAUGUAUAACAUGUACUUAUAUAUUUUCUAGUGUCCGUUUUAUAGUAUGUCUUUUUAGGGUAAUAUAUGUUUUAUGAAUAGUGUUAUACAUGUUUUGUUUGUCGAUUCUUACAGAUAAAAAGUAUAUAAAUAUAUUGUAUGUUUUUUCACUACCAUAUGUCGAAAAUAAGUUAUAUUAAUAAUUUUUAUCU